CUUGUUUUCAAGAUUCAUCACUUGUUGUGCGCGCGCGCAGGUGUGGUUGUUCGGACUCAGCAGAGAAACAAGCAUCAGACGCCAAACACGAGAGGAAUUGACUGUUGUGGAUUCUCUACCUGUGUCCCCACAACUGAGCGUCACAUAGCACUCAGCAAAAUGGAGCUGCUGCCUGACGUGUGGCGACAGGACUACUGGCUUCCUUCAGGUGUGACCUGGGAGGACAUGGACCAGCUGGCCCCCUGGGAGCGCCCGCUCCCCAGAGACCUCCUCGUAGCAGUGCCCAUCGCUUUGAGCUUUGUGGUCCUGCGUUAUGUGUUUGAGCGGUUCUGUGCCCCACCCAUUGGCAGAUGUUUAGGAGUUAGGAAUAGGCCGCAAGUGACUGCUACCCCCUCCCCUAAACUGGAGUCGUUUUACACAAAACACAGCACGCGGCCGACACAGAGUGACAUCAUUUAUUUAAUGUCGCUGUGCGGCAAAAGCCAGAGGGAAAUCGAGACCUGGUUCCGACUGCGGAGACACCAGGACAAGCCGUGUCAAACCAAGAAGUUUGGCGAAGCGGCUUGGAGGUUCUUUUUCUAUCUAACAGCCUUUGUGGGUGGGCUGGCCUGUUUGAUCCAUACCCCCUGGUUCUGGGACCUCAGGGAAUGCUGGAGGCAAUAUCCAGUUCAGCCCAUGCAAAGACUUCAUUACUGGUACUACAUGCUGGAGCUUGGUUUUUACGGCUCCCUGCUUCUCCGAAUCUCUCUAGACAUCAAGAGGAAGGAUUUCAAGGAACAAGUGAUCCACCAUUUGGCCACCGUGUUGCUGCUCAGUUUCUCCUAUUGUGCCAACUACAUUCGCAUUGGCACUUUGGUCAUGCUCCUCCAUGACUCAGCUGAUAUCCUGCUAGAAUCUGGCAAGAUGUUUAACUACGGCUCUGGCUGGAGGAAAGUGUGUGACAUACUGUUUGUGGUUUUUACUACAGUAUUCUUUUUGACUCGAUUGGUGAUUUUUCCCAGCAAGAUCAUCCACACUACCCUAAUACUAUCCAUGGAGACUUUCCAACCUUUUGCUGGCUACUACUUUUUCAACAUCAUCUUAAUGGUGCUGCAGGGUCUUCACGUCUUUUGGGCUGCUUUAAUCUUAAGGAUGGUCCCGAAAUUCUUGACAGGAAAGAUGGAAAAAGAUGAACGCAGCGAUGAAGACAGUGAGCUGGAGGAAGAUAAAGAAGAAGACAUCCAAGGGGGAGAUUAUUGUCAAACGGGAUGUAAAGACACCCAAAACUACAAACUACCCCCACUGAGUAACAACUGUGUCCUUAAUAAUCUCACCAACCACAGGGCUUCAAUUGUUGAUAGAAUGCGUCAAGAUCAGUCGAGAUUUUAAGUGACGUUAUUAUUAUUUUAUUUUUUUAUAACCAAGACCACUUUAGAAACUGUGGCAAUCCGUAAUCCAGCGAUAGCAAAGCAUGAGAUGGUAUGCAUUCCAAGAUAUAAUUGUUGUUCAAUUCAUACUGUGUAGUCAAAUUGUGCAUAUUUUAGAAGAGUAGUAGAUGCGAGUGGAAUAUCUUUGCUGUUUUAAAUUUGGGCUAUAUCAGACCUGUGCGGAAAAGUCAGUUACACACAACAUUCAGUACUUGUACAUCUGUAGAGUCUAAUGAGGGCCAAUACAAGAGCUGUAUUUAAAAAUGUUGCCUAAAAAUUUUACAGCUAUAAGUAUGUAGCCUAUACUUUUUUUUUGAAAGUUUCAAAACAUUUUGAGACCGAUGUGUUGUUGUUUGAUGGAACCAGACUUUAAGGAAGAGCUGCCAUAUGACGACAACAACAAUAAAUGUAUCUUUGUUCAUCUAUCUAUGCCAGCAGCGUAUAAUGCUAGGCAGAACAAUUAGAUGCUCUUCCAAUAGAUGGCAAAAUACAACGGAAUAACAUCUUUGUGUUCAUCUAGCAGGCCCAGACUUCACACUGAGUAAGUAGAUUUGUGAGUAUACUGAGACGAGGUCAACAUUAUUUCAGUGUACAGUUUAGGCCUCGUGACGUUUUUUGUUUGCUGGUGUGGCGUGAGGGUUUUCCUGAUGUAAACGAUGCGCCUUGGCUCAAUAAAGGUUGGGAAACACUGAA